AUGUCCAAUUCAAGUGGGGUGAAAAACGCAGCCCUCCACUUCCCCGUUGCCAUGGUGACUCGUCGAAUCAUGGCUCCAUUGAUUUCGAACAGUAAAAAGCCACAAAUGCAGGAGCUACAUUCCCUGGAGCAACAGCAACUGCUGGAUCAACAGCAACGGGCGCAUCGACAGCAACUGUGCGACAGCAUCUACAUGGCUCGAUUUGGCUUCCUCUUCAUCCGCACUCUGGUCAUAGGGUUUAGCUCAGCUCCAGGCAACACUGGCACAAUUAAUACUGCAGCAGAGGUGAGGCUUCUUUUCAACAGCUCUGUGCCACCCGCACUACUUCCAACUUCUGAUGACGUGGCACAAACCUUGGUGGACGCCAUCCUCGAUACCAACUGUACCCUCAAUGUCAGCAUUGUCGUCAACUCUGUCCAAGCAGAAAAAUUACAGGAACUGCUGGAUCAACAACAACUGGCAGAAAAACCACAGGAACUGCUGGAUCAACAACAAGUAGGACAACUAGAGCAAUGGCUGGAUCAACAACAACUGGCAGAGCAACUACAAGAACUGCUGGAUCAACAACAACAGCCAGAAAAACUACAGGAACUGCUGGAUCAACAACAACAAGUAGGACAACUACAGCAAUGGCUGGAUCAACAACAACAGGCAGAACAACUACAAGAACUGCUGGAUCAACAACAACAGCCAGAAAAACUACAGGAACUGCUGGAUCAACAACAACAAGUAGGACAACUACAGCAAUGGCUGGAUCAACAGCAACAAGUAGAACAACUACAACAACUGCUGGAUCAACAACAACAGGCAGAAAAACUACAGGAACUGCUGGAUCAACAACAACUGGCAGAAAAAUUACAGGAACUGCUGGAUCAACAACAACAGGCAGAAAAACUACAGGAACUGCUGGAUCAACAAGAAGGACAACUACAGCAACGGCUGGAUCAACAACAACAGGCAGAAAAACUACAGGAACUGCUGGAUCAACAACAACAAGUAGGACAACUACAGCAACGGCUGGAUCAACAGCAACAAGUAGAACAACUACAACAACUGCUGGAUCAACAACAACAGCUGUUGGGAAUAUUUCUAUCACAUUUAAUCAAUAUCCUAUCACAUUCAAUCUACAAUUAAUUUCAUUAAUCAUAGCUCAUGCAAUCAUCAUUUAAUCACAACUUACCUUAUCAUAUAAUCAAAUUAUAUUAUAGUGCUAUUGCUUAUAAUGAAUUUAUGUUAACCGUGCAAGUAUAUGAAUUGCUAGUGUGCUCAUAAUGUGUUACCUAAGCCUUGACCUCUCACACAUAAACUGAAGACAGCUUAAGACAAAUGGUUUCAAUGUUUGUGCAGAUGUCAGAUACUUUUGGUGGAAAAGUACCCCACGCUAACCGUCAGGUACCACUUCACUGCAAUAGAGAUCUUAAAGGAACAUGGGGAUCUGACAGGUGUCACUUAUAGAAAUAGAUAUGCUGAAGUGGUAAAUGGUCCAAUUCAAGGAACAGUGAAGUCGCUUCAUUUCAGAGAAAAAUUGGCUCGGAGUAUCUGCACUAAUUCACGUAGGCACUGGGGUCUAUGAGAGGUCAAAAGAAUCACACAUAAAGAACAAUGCUCAAAGAUAUCUAAUUGUGAGAUAUCUUAAAAAGAAAGAAACUAAAGAAACAUUGCGAUAGGAUAUAAUGCUUAAGGAUAAUUGAUAUAUAACACUUAAAGAGACCAAAUUCAACAAUAUUCCAAAUAACAGUCAAAAGGAGAUAAAACAAAGAGAAUACUGUGUAUUGAUAGACUAAUGAAUCUGCCUUAUCAGUGGUUGAAUAAUUAAAUAAGCUAUAUUUUAUCAUUUAAAUCUAGGAUGAACAAGCCAGUUGAUGAAAACUUAAAGCUUGAGCACAGUCAGACAAAGAAAAGCUCAUCCUUGUGCAAGAGGCAGGAAGCCACACCUAAGUUACCUGUAUAACCUAAAACUCACACACACACACACACACACACACACACACACACACACACACACACACACACACACACACACACACACACACACACACACACACACACACACACACACACACACACACACACACACACACACACACACACACACACACACACACACACACACACACACAAGUACUCUGAUUACAGGAUGAAGGCGACUCGGAUUGGAUGAAGACGGAUGACAAAAAAGAAAGUUUCAAGUCUAAACCACGGAACUUCCCAACUAUAGACCAAUCAGACAGCAGCACAUUUCCAUAUAAAAACCUCUGUAUAGUGCUAAGACAGGCAUUCUCCCUUGUGAAC